AUGAUGGGGUUGUGCUUAAAAUGAACUUAUUAAACCUACAGGGACUUGUCUGGUAAAUAUUCAAUGGACAUUGGAAUACAUUCGAUUGAUUUGAUAGAAAAAUAUUACUCCGGAAAAUAUAUAUAUUUAAAACGGUAGGAAGGCAACAAGCUUAAUUUUAAUUCACCAAAAUGACCAGGCUGAAAUAGACGAUUAAUUAAUCAAAAGCUGAAUUUUUAUUGUCACAUUAAUGCAAAAACAGAAUUAAUGAUUCAGUAUGUCCUUAUAAUCGGGAGGAUCUGUAACCUACUGGAACUAUUCCGAACCUUUCCUUAUGAGAAGUUAAGACCAAAAGUACACUUCUACCAAGUUGUCGAUUAAUUGAUCCGCCAAUUAAAACGUCAUGGAGUAAUUACAGAACGACGUCUCCAGAUAACGCGGAGUUCAUAGUUCAGGAACGUCAGGAGAGCAGGCUGGGUCCUCCAGUCCCCCGUCCCGGGUUUUAAUCCCGGGUCCACACUGUAGAGGAUCAGUCCUAGGGGCUUCACCUUCCAUCGCUCCAUCCCUCUGGAUUUGGUGACAGACCUAAAAGCCUUUUGUUGCAAUCUUAGCCAAUGGAGACGGAUGACGACACCGGGCAGUGCAGAUAUAUAAAGCGCCCUUAUUGACCGCACUUGCACAUUUCUCACUUCUGAACACUCACACCUCCGUGGACUCACUGGUGUUGAACCGGGAACCACAACAACCAAUACAUGUGCGCGGGGUACAGGUCCACGAGGAACACUUAUCUCCCACUUUCCCUCUGAACUGCCUUGACGCGCUGAAGGCUGAAACGCACUUUUCUUUUCGUGUUCAUUUGUCGCCGAAAGCGCCGCGCAGUCCGGGCAGGGCGACCGGCUGGGACCAGCUCCUCAUCCUCCUCCUCCUCCUCCUCCUCCACCACCUCCUCCUCCUCCCCGAAUGCUCGUCUUGACGCCGGUCUAGCGGAGACCCAGAAGGCUCGCGAGGACAGCACGACACCCCCGCCGCGUAAAGUUGCAUCGCGGGCACCGAGCGGUUCGUCAUGCCGAGCUCCUCCACCCUCCUCCUGUGCCUGACGGUGCUGCUCUCCCCGGGACUGUCCGGCAGCGACCCGCCCCACCUUCCGUUGUUGCCGGCCGGCGAGGCACCCACGGACCCCGGGCUGUCACUGCUGGACGAGGACGCGGGCUCCCACGAGUGUUCCGCGUGCGUGUGGCGGGAACAAAGCAAAGUGUUGCGGCUGGAGACCAUCAAGUCGCAGAUCCUCAGCAAGCUGCGGCUGAAGCACGCGCCCAACAUCAGCCGCGAGGUGGUGAACCAGCUGCUGCCCAAGGCGCCGCCGCUUCAGCAGCUGCUGGACCACCACGACUUCCAGGGCGACGCGUCGUCCCAGGACGAGUUCAUGGAGGAGGACGAGUACCACGCCACCACGGAGUCCGUCAUCACCAUGGCCUCGGAGCCUGAGCCGCUGGUCCAGAUCGACGGGAAGCCCAGCUGCUGCUUCUUCAAGUUCAGCCCCAAGCUGAUGUUCACCAAGGUGCUGAAGGCCCAGCUGUGGGUGUACCUGCGGCCACUGCAGCAGACCUCCACCGUGUACCUGCAGAUCCUGCGGCUCAAGCCCGUCACAGGGGCUGGGGGGGGGGGGGGGGGGGGGGGGGGGGCCCGGCACAUCCGCAUCCGCUCGCAGAAGAUCGAGCUCAACUCCCGCGUGGGCCACUGGAAGAGCAUCGACUUCAAGCACGUCCUGCAGAACUGGUUCAAGCAGCCGCACACCAACUGGGGGAUCGACAUCAACGCCUUCGACGAGAGCGGACACGACCUGGCCGUCACCUCGCUGAGGCCCGGGGAGGAGGGACUGCAGCCGUUCCUGGAGGUGAAGGUUCUGGAGACGAACAAGCGCUCCCGGAGGAACCUGGGUCUGGACUGCGACGAGCACUCCACCGAGUCCAGGUGCUGCCGCUACCCGCUGACGGUGGACUUCGAGGCCUUCGGCUGGGACUGGAUCAUCGCCCCCAAGCGCUACAAGGCCAACUACUGCUCGGGCCAGUGCGAGUACAUGUUCAUGCAGAAGUACCCGCACACCCACCUGGUGCAGCACGCCAACCCGCGGGGCUCGGCCGGGCCCUGCUGCACCCCCACCAAGAUGUCCCCCAUCAACAUGCUGUACUUCAACGACAAGCAGCAGAUCAUCCACGGCAAGAUCCCCGGCAUGGUGGUGGACCGCUGCGGCUGCUCCUAGGCUCUCCACGGGGGGCCAUCAGGAGGGAGACACACACAUGUACCGCCACCAUCGCAUCAUACCACGCAGAAACACCCUUUGGAAGCUCUCCCCAGCCCCCACCCUCCUCCCGCCACACGUCUCCGCUCUUUGAUUCUGACGCAGAGAGAGAAACAUCCUGCUGGACUUUUCCAUGUUUUUUUUUCUUGCCAGUCGAUGAGUUUAUUUUUACGUGAAAAGUAUUUAAAAAAGUUUAAGAUGAGAUGUAAAGCAUCAAGAGACUGAAAUAGGAGUGCAUAAUGAAUUACAACGGGAGUGGGAUUGUGAAGCCGCUUCAGAAAAUGGUAAACAAGACGAAACUAUGUUAUAUAUGUCAGCUUUGGUGUUGUAUUCAUCAAGAUAUUUGAAACAACGUCAUAUUUGUGUGAUAUCCAGGACAGUGGAUCGACACAGAAAGAUGCAAAACAACUUUUGCAGUAAAUUAGUUUUGGUAAAUUAGUAUUUUAAAUUUUGGAAAGGUUUCAUCAAAUUAAUAGAUGUGGAAUUCAAACCACUAAAGUGUUACAAAAAAAGGUGGCAAGUCUUAUUCAAAGUGCCCCCUUCCGCAAAAGCUCAGCCCUCGAGGAAACCUUAGUCGAGCUGAAGAAGAAGGCAAUCUGAACGAAUCCCAAAUGUCUUUUUGUUACCUUUUGCUUGUUUGUCUUGUUUAGAGAAGAGAGUUUUAAAGAUAAGAACAAACCAAACCUUCGCCCUCUAUUUAUGCGUCCAUCCCCAGGGGGCCAUUCUCCACCUCCACUGAGCAGUCACUUUCAUCUCCUUCAUUUGCCGUCUCGUACCACAGAGAGACCAGAGACAAGAGACAACCAUCGUACGCUGCUCUACUCCAUCAUUACAAGCGAGCAAGUUUCAGAAAAAAAACACAAAAAAACCUCUCUCCAGACACUCGACAAUUGCACGGACCGCUGCGCAAAAAAAACGUGAAGGUCGGAUCCAACGUCCACACGUUCUCACGAGUUCUGACGUGAGAACUGGAGAGUUUCCGCAGACGAACUCUGCGAGUCUUGGGGUCUCUUUCCCCCCGGAGAGGAAGGGCCAUUGUUUGGCUCCCAGCGUGAAGCGCUCCUACAAUACCAGCGGCUCCCAGCGCCCGGGGCCCACCCCUCGGUCCGCACAGAGAGCCUGGAAGCCUCCGUACGCGCCUCAGAGCCCGAGGUGUCCUGCUGGAGCUCAGAGGAACGGGGCACGGGUUGUGUUCGAUUAUGGAAGGGCUGGUCGUACGCCUAGGCUGGUUUUGAAACUCGUUACCAAUGUUACACACAUUUGCCUUCAUCCACACUUCACCACAGACGUCAGGUGUCAGAAUCAGCGCAUUUGCAUCAACAUGAUUUCAAUGAUUUCAGUAGCUCAGAAGUGCUGAUCCAAAGGGCACAAUGCUCUUCGAUACAUACGUUCACACAAUACAAUACUUACUCAAUACAAUAUAACUUUAACUCAGUACAAUACAAUACUUUAACUGAGUACAAUACAAUACUUUAACUCAGUAUACAAUACAAUACUUUAACUCAAUGCAAUGAAAUACUUUAGCUCAGUACAAUACAAUACUUUAACUCAAUACAUUACAAUACUUUAACUCAAUACAAUACUUUAACUCAGUACAAUACAAUACUUUACUCAAUACAAUACAAUACAAUACUUUUAUUCAAUACAAUAACAAUAGAUUCUACAAUUUACAGCUACUAACAUGUUUAAAGGUUUCAACGACCGUGAAUCUAGCGUGUAUCUAUAACCGUUCUGUCACAGCAAUCCAUCUGUUGCUCUAUGGCCUCUCAUCCUAGACUCGCGUUAGAAGAUAAAAUCACUGGUAGAAUCGGAUGAACAAUAACAUUUCAAAUCCUGUCACUGUGGAACUGUACAUUGGAACAAAAAAAAGAGAUGCUCAUGGUUUAAAUACAUCACUAUAUAGAUUGUGUAGAACAACGUCACCAGUUGCAAAGCGAAAGGAAGAGAACAGAAACAAAAAAAGCAGAUGUUUCGGAAAACAUCUGGGCCUGCCCUGCUCCCCAAAGCCGUCCUGAGCUGUAUGUUCCACAGAGAGAACCCGCGGAAGAGCCGGCGGAGACUAGCUCCACGGAACGGCCGAUCGCGUCACCUGGAUAUCACAGCGAGAUAUUCCUUUGUUGAAAACGAAAGCACUAUACUGUUGGAUAAAGGAAGAGCCUUCUGACGUUAUAUAUAAAUGAUAUAUGUAUAUAUUUAAAAAAGAAGAAAAAGAAGAGGUACAACCACCUUUUUUUGGGGGGGUCCUCUACCUUACCAACAAUAAAUUUUGCACUAUGGGGACGUUUGACGACGGAAGGGGCGGUGUGUGUGUGUGUGUGUGUGUGUGGCCGAGCACAAGAGAGCUCGUAGUCUGGGAGGAAGACCUCUGAAGGCUUUCGGGGAGGAGGAACCACGAGGAGAACCACCUCAAACCACCACGCCGCCCCGACUUGCG